UGUCGACUUCCGGGCGACGCCAUUUCGUGAUUUAUUCAUUUGGCGGUUGCUUUCGUAGUAGGAUCUACGGGACAAUAAAUCGGCAGUAAAGAUGGUUAAGAUCUUUGUUGGCAACCUUUCAUCGAGUGCGACCAAAGAAGACCUGCGCAGUCUUUUCUCGCAAUAUGGCAAAGUUGCUGAGUGCGACGUGCUGAGAAACUUUGGCUUUGUGCACAUGGAUUCCCAAAAGGAAGCUGAGGAGGCAGUCCGUAAACUUCACCACCACGAACUGAACGGCCAGGCCAUGAAUGUGGAGAUGAGUCGAGGGAAGCCCAAAGGAACCACCAAGCUGCAUGUAGGCAACAUAAGCAGUGGCUGCACUAAUCAGGAGCUGCGCUCCAAGUUUGAGGAGUUUGGCCCUGUGGUUGAGUGCGACAUUGUGAAGGACUAUGCCUUCGUACACAUGGAGCAAAGGGAAGAUGCGAUGGAGGCCAUCAAUAUGAUGAACAACUCUACUUUUCAAGGCAAGGUGAUAAAUGUACAACUGUCCACCAGUCGCCUCCGCACUGUGCCUGGCAUGGGAGAGAUAACCGGCUGUUACGUCUGCGGAGAACCCGGUCACUGGUCCAAAGACUGCAGGCGCGGUCAGAACGGUAGCUAUGGCGACGGUCACAUGGGGGGAGUCCGUGGUGCCAGGGGUUUCCCUAGAGCAGGUCCUGCUUAUGGCAGCGGAGGCCCUGCGGCAUUCCCCACCCGGAGCUAUCCCACAACACUGCCCCCUGUCACAACAAUGAGCUACACCCCCACCUAUGGGAUUUCACGAGAGUAUGCUGGGGAAACUCGGUACCUCAGCAAACCUUUGAGUGUCUAUCCAACCAUCGAGAGGUCCACCUCAUAUGAGCGUGACCGCUACAGCCUUGAUUACUAUGAAAAGUAUCGGGCUCGGCCUUUUGCUUCUAGCUAUCUUGAGGAUAGACGUCUCUCCAUUCCCCCUCCUCCCCCUCUCUCUUCUUCAUCUCUCUCAAGGAUGCGAUUGGCUCCUUCCAGCUUCGACCUGUAUGACCGACGCGCUCUACCGCCACCGUCCUCCGUGACCUCGGUGUACUACUCGCGGGACCGUAGCCCAAUCCGAAGAGUCGGCGUCGGCUCUGAGGUCUACUCGUAUGAGCGCUCGCGUCUUUCCCCGGUUACGAGGAGCAGCUCGUACAGCGUGUCGCGGGCCAGGGAUACCCCCACUGACCGGGCUCGGUAUGAUUACUAAGCCGCGCGCAUGCCAAGGCGCUUUGAAACAGCAGGACUUUCUUUUAGCGAUCAUUCCUUCCACCUUCCUCUGGUCGAUAGAAAUAUUUCUGGAGGCACGAUUGGAUUGGAUUUGAAGAAAGCAGGACUGAGAAGACAUGCACCCAUUAUCACCCAUUGAGUUGCUUUCAGCUUCUGAAUGUUUAACUUCAUCAGACUUAUUAGAGAUGUAAAGAUGGUCUUUUUUUGCAUUACCCAGUGAGGAUUAUAAAUUCUUAUAAUAAUUUUUUUUUUUGUUCACAUCUUUGUAAGAAUGUUUCUUGCAUGUUUGUUUUUCAGUUUUUGCAGAUUUCUUCUAUAUUUUAAUGUUUUCCCACACACAGAGAAACAUAGCUGCUUGCUUCUGACCUGAUAUGAUCUACCAUUUAGUUACUUUUAGUGCGUGCUUUGUUUGGGGGUUCGAAUUCAGUCAGUAUCAAUAUUUACUUUUAGUUUGUUAGCAAGCGUUAAAUGUCACGUGAUGACAAUCUGUUUCAGUUCUUGACGUCACGAUGUUUAGGUGUUUUUACAAGCUUUAUGGAGAAAAUGAAGCCCAAAACAAACAUUCCUGUUACCUUUGUUCUUUGCAUGUUCAUCUCUCAUAAUGUGCACCCAAAUAGGGAGCUUGAAACAUUAAUGGCAAAUCAAGUAAGAUGAUCAACUAACUGGAAGAGUCUGGAUUUAUUUUCCCUCUAUGUGGGAUUGGGAAUGAGUUAUUAGAUCCAAAAUGGAGUCAGUCAUGAAUUGGAAACAGUAAAGAGAGGAUUAUUUUCUCUCUUUGCACACUUGCUGUAAAGACAUCCUGUUCUUUACAGACUAUUGGCAAAACGAUAUUUUGCAUCGUUGCAUGCCAAUGUUGGAUUAUUCAGCAAACUGAUAAUUGUGCAGAGUUUGCCCUGUGGUAGUGUGUGGUGAAAAUUUGAUCAAGGACUACAUGAGUAAAGAUUGAGUAAAUGAAUAUAAAGAUGUGGUGCUGAGCUGUCACUCAGGGUUCAGUUCACCUUUAUGACUGCUGGUGUGUGUAAUUUCUGAAUGGGCGCCUUGGUAAGAUCUUUCCAGAAGUCAAGUAAAGUGUGUUUUAUAUCCUUUUUUCUU